GUGUGCUGGUCCGUGCCGUGGCUCUCCACCAGGUAGAUCACGUUCUGCACCCCGCACUGCUUCAGCCGGAACUUCUGCUCGUGGAAGCGCCCGUCCUUGAUGCUCUUCCCCAGGUCGUCCGUGCGCUUCCGCUCCACGAUGUACGGCAGCACCAGCUCCUCGCCCGUGGUCCCGUGGCGACACACCCACGCGAAGUCCCCGACCUUCAGGUGCCGCAGCUCGAACCUCGCGCCGCGGCUCGUGAGCUCCGACACCGUCGCAUCGCUCUCCUUCGAGCUGGCUCCGCCCGCCGUUUCGUGCUUGUCCACCAGCAACACCACGUCGAAAGAGCCCGGCUCGAAGAUGAUGCAGCUGGAUUCUGAACACACAUCCCGCCUGUCACCACGCACUUGUUUACUAGUUGGCGAUACUGUCGUCCUACAGCACUGUUCCAUCUGUUCACUCGGCUCACUCGCACUGCUCGCACGUGAUAAUGUAGAAACUGCUGUGAAAACUGAUUCCUGCGAAGAAAUUUCAUUUGUUGAAUGGGUACCAUUCAUAGCAUCAUUUACAGUCCCAACACAACUUCUAAGUUUGAUGGUUAAUUCUUUGCCUUUGUCAGAGAGAGAAAACUUUGCAGGGUUGCUGUUUCGGACCACGAGUCCUUUCCGCACCAGUGUCGCCAUAGAGGACCACGCUGUGUAUCGCGAUUCCGGUAAAGGUUUCGUGAACGAUGUAUCGGAAAGGUCCUGAGCUUGGGUUUGCAACUCUGACUUCGUCAUGUAACCCUUAUAGUCAUGGCGUUCUGAAUUUUUCAACAGAGUCAGCAACAGAGCAUAUGGCCCUGAUCUAUAAGCUGGUACAUACUCGGAAUCUCGCUGCGUUUUAUGGCGACCAUUUGCCUGAACUGUUGACCUGACUCUCUCUUUGGCUUUUUGAUGUGAAGGUAACUUAGGUGGGCUUUCACCAGAUGAUGAUGGUGAAUUUAAGUCAAGUUCUGGGUGUUCUUUCUUGUACUCUGCUAGUUUACGAUCCAACAUUACACAUAUUCGAUUGCCAAAGUUUUGUAGAAUCCCACAUUCCUUGCCACUUUUUAACCUCAAUGGGAAUUUCCUAAGAGAAGCUAGGGCUUUCCCAAAACAAUAUUUCAUGUCCGAUCCCUUUUUAUCUGCGGAUUCCUUCCAUUCCUGAAGCCACAUUUCGAAUAAAGGGUUAGGACAUGCCUUGUUUUUUAAAGUUAUGCGUUUUCUAACUUGAUUUGACCCACCUGGCGAUGUCAUCUUUCGUUUAUGCUAAAAAUUUCUUUACAUAAAAAACACAUCUUAUCUCACGCUGACUGAAAUGGCGAGAUACAUUAAUAUAAAACAUUGUCAAAACAAUUAUCACAACAAUAAUAUUUUCCUUGAUUCCGAAGUGGCAGCAUUGCGAAACGAAAACGAACGUCUUCAGUCUUUUGUUUCACGAACCAAAACACGACAGAAUUUUUUUACCUGUCGCGCACCGCAAGAAUCAAGAUACGUAUUCUGCCAUUGGCCGCACUGCGGAUAUUUUCCUUCUGCUGCCUGCUGCAAUACUCGUGGAGCAAUAUCGAGCCGCAGACUGACAGGAUCUUUUCCACCAGCGCGUCUGGAAUCAAAUGGAGUUUUAGUCGGCGCUGGUCUGUACUGGCACCUGCAAUGCGAAUGACGUCAUCGCCGUUAAUAGCCGAGUGAUGGAUGUGUCGGCAUCGGCGGGUCGGUCGUGAAUAGGGGGCCUUGUGGCACGGUUACGCUACGUUGCCGUCGGUGGUUGCUGGCCUGUCGGUGGGUGUGGUGAGGACCCGAACCCCAGCCGAUGACAGCACUUCAAAAGUGCCCCGCCCGCCAUGGUUUUCGAAAGUAUUGUGGCCGAGUUGCUGAAUAAAUUUUUGGGCGAUUACGUCGAGAGCUUCGAUCGAAAGAAGCUGCAGAUAGGGAUAUUUGGAGGUGAUGUUAAACUGGAAGAGUUGUUCCUGAAGGAAACUGUACUAGAUGACUUGGACCUCCCUAUUAAAAUUGCCUUCGGUCAGCUAGGCAAGCUGGUUCUGAAGAUCCCGUGGAAGAACCUGUACGGAGCCCCAGUGGAGGCGGCCAUCGAAGACCUGUACCUGCUCGUGGUGCCCAACAGGGACAUAAAGUACGAUGCCGCCAAGGAGGAGAAGGCACUCCAGAGUGCUAAGCAGGCUCAGCUGCGCAGUGUUGAGGAGGCCAAGAAGCGGGAGAAAGAGAAAGACAAACCGAAACGUGAUGACACGUUUGUCGAGAAACUGGCCACCCAGAUAAUCAAGAACGUGCAAGUGAGGAUCAGCAAGAUCCACAUCCGCUACGAGGACAGGGACCGGCGCGUGGCCAUGGGGCUGACCCUCAACAACCUGUCGCUGCAGACGACGGACGAGCACGGCACGCCCCGCAUCAUGACGGAUGCCGAGUCCAUCUUCCACAAGAUCCUGAGCCAGAACCACCUGGCCGUGUACUGGAACUGCGACACCAAGCUGUACGCGGGCUCCCCGCGCUCCGAGCUGCUGAGCCUGCUCAAGGCCGGGGUGUACUCGGACGUCCGGCGGCCCGACGACUACGUGUACAUGCUUGGACCCAUAAAUUUAUCAGCUCGGCUGAAAUUGAAUCCCAAACCAGAGACGGAUGGCUCAAACUUCACCAUUCCCAAAGUGCAUCUCACCGUGAGCUUGGAGAAUCUUAAUGUUGGUGUGAGCAAAAUGCAGUUCUUGUCCGUCAUAAACCUGCUGGAUUCUCUGGAGCAGAUGACUCUGGGUGCUCCUUACAGGAAGUAUCGGCCCGCCGUCAAGUCUUACAGGGGUCACUACAAGGAAUGGUGGCUGUUCGCCAUACGCAGCGUGCUGGAGCAGGAGAUCCGGCGUCGCCACCAGAACUGGGACCUGAGGCGCAUCAUGGAGCACCGGCGACGCUGCAAGGAGUACGCCGCCGCCUACAAGACCAAGCUGACGGCGCGCCGGGUCCCCGGGGAGGUGCAGGCGCAGCUCGAGGACCUGGAGAGGCAGCUGGACAUCUUCAACAUCGUCCUGGCGCGGCAGAUCGUCGAGAGCGAGGUGGAAAGGGAGGGCCGUGUGACAGCGGAGAAGAAGGCGGCAGCGGCGACGACUGGUUGGUUCAGUGGGUGGUGGGGUACCAGCAAGAAGCAGGAAGACGACAGCGCACUCUCAGCAGCUGCUAUAGCGAAGCAGUUCGAGGAGGCCAUGACGCCCGAGGAGAAGAGCAAGCUGUUCCGGGCCAUCGACUACCACGAGGGCGUGGUGCCCACCUCGUACCCCGACACGUUCAUUGCGGUGCUCGUGACCUUCGACCUGAAGGCGCUGGCCGUGACGGUGCGCGACGACAGCUACACGGACCCCAAGAUCCUGCUGGCCGAGGUGAAGGGCAUGUGGCUGGAGGCGCAGCAGCGGCCCUCGGCGUCCGCCGUCAAGGUGGGCGUGAAGGUGCAGGAGUUCUCGAUGCUGGGCAUCAAGCAAGGCCCCGUGGAGCCGCAGCUGGUGGCCACGCAGACGAGCGCGGGGGCGGAACGGGGAGUGCUGCUGGACGUGAUGUUCGAGACGAACCCCCUGGACGGGGGCUGCGACCAGCGGGUGAGGGUGUCCUCGCAGCCGGUGCGGGUCGUGUACGACGCCCAGACCGUCAACAAGCUGGUCGACGUGUUCAGGAAGCCGGAGACCGCCUCGCUGCACCAGCUCCAGGCCGCCGCGCAGUCCAAGCUCGCGGACUUCCGCGAGAUGUCCGCCACGGGUCUGCAGCACGUCAUCGCCAAGUCGCCGAUAAUGGACCUGAAGAUCGACCUGCAGGCCCCGUACAUCAUCGUACCCAGGAACGGCUUCUACACUGGUGUGGAGGACAUCGUCGUGGUGAACCUGGGCAGCCUGAGGAUGUGGUCCAUGCCGCGCGAGCGUGUGGAGGACGCCGUGCACGAGCAGUUCGUGCGGGGCCGCACCGAGGAGCAGAUCCUGGAGCAGAUGAUAUCCAGGAGCUACGACCAGUUCCAGAUCGAGCUGUGCGACAUCCAGGUGCUGCUGAGCCUGUCGGGCGAGGACUGGCAGGCCGCCCUCGCGAGCAAGGAGGUCACGCCCUUGCACCUGCUGCAGCCCUCGCUGCUGCAGCUGGACUUCCGCAAGUGCCUCGUGCCGGACGACCCCCGCCUGCCCAGGCUCAAGCUGCUGUGCCGGCUGCCCAGCAUCUCGCUCAGCAUCUCCGACGAGCGCAUGUUCAGACUGGUGGUGCUCGUGACGAGCGUCCCGUGGUCCGAAGCCAGCUCCGAAGAGGACUUGCAGACUGUGCUGCACCCGGAUACAAUUUCAUUGGCUUCCAGUCUGUCAAUGCUGAACCGUUCAAAGGAACGGGACAUAACGUCUGAUCUUUUAAAGAAGGACAUUGGAACACGCAAGGAGACGGGACAAGAGUUGAAGGAAUCGGUGCAGUUCACUGAGCUGGAUAUCUUCUUCGAAAUGGGAGACUUCGUGAUGAGUAUUCUGAAGUAUCAGCCGCCGGCUGCGGGGACUUCUGCAGGCGUUGCCAAGAAGCUACUGGAGUUGCGGCUGAGUAAACUCGAGCUGGAAAUGAAACAGCAGACGUUCAACAUGAACGUUUACAUCCGCCUGGGUGGCAUAGGCCUCGAGUACAUCGGCCUACCGGACAAAACAUUGUUUCUUGACACGCCUAUGACGGAUGGGAGCGGCGGGCCGUACUUGCUGACCAUCAAGUAUGUGAAUGCGCACAAGAAGGGGCCCGACUUCCACACGGUGCACGGCUCCGUGCUGCAGCUGGUGGACCUGCGGUUCAGCUACCUGGAGAUCCUGCUGCACCAGCAGGCGCUGCUGUCCGUGAUGGAGUUCGCGGGCGGCCUGCGGGCGCGGCUGGCCGCUGUCCUGGGGGAGAGCCCCGCGCCGCCGCCCCGGCCCGCGCCCUCGCACGGCCAGGCGCGGCCGCCGCUCGCGCCCAUCGCCGAGGAGGGUCCCGAGGGCGCCCUGCAGCCCCGCAGGAAGCCCAGGAGGAAGAGUGUGGUGGAGACGGUGGACUUCAAGCUGAAGGCCCAGCUGAGCGACCUGAACAUCUACGCGGCGAACACGGACGGGCGCGUGGCGGACCUGGCGCUGUCCGGCCUGGUGGCGACGGUCGUGGUGAAGAAGUCCCACACCGAGGUGGACGCCCGCCUCACCAAGGUCCUGGUGCUCGACCCCAAGAGCGCCACCGUCCACCACACCAUAGUGACGGUGAUGGGGUCGGAGGCCAUGGCGGUGCAAGUGGUGAUGUACAACCUGGACGAAGAGGACGAUAACUCCGACAAGCUGGACAUGUCCAUCAGGGUGGACAUGGCCGGGAUCAGGAUCAUCUUCCUGAACUGGUUCGUCUCCUCUCUCGUGGAGUUCCUGAACACGUUCCAGACGGCGCAGGACAUGAUAGCCGGCGCGGCCGCCCACGCGGCGGAGGCCGCGAAGCACAACGUGCGCGACAUGUACAGUAAGGCCGUGCGCAUGAAGCUGGACAUCAAAGUGAAGGCCCCGGUCGUGAUCGUGCCGGCCAACUCGAGGAGCACGGUCGGCAUCAUGCUGGACUUCGGGGACCUGAGGAUCAGCAACAAGUUCACCACGCUGCAGGUGAAGAACGAGAAGGGCCAUCCCGCCGUGGUGGACGAGAUGGACCUCGGCCUCACCAACCUCAAGCUCGUCACGGUGAAGGGGAUCGUGGACAAGGCGGAGGUGAAGGCGGAGCACGAGAGUGCCAUCCUCCAGCCAAUCUCGUCGAGGCUCCUGAUCCAGCGAAACCUGUCCGCCGGCUGGUACAAAGGCAUCCCGGACAUAGAGAUAUCUGGUCGACUUCAGACCGUUUCGAUAACCCUGAACCACGACGACUACAAGAUGGCGAUGCAGGUGCUCACCGAGAACCUAGCGGAGGGUCAGAAGCAGUCGGCCGAGAUCGUUCCAGAGAAGUCGGAACAUCGCCUGGCCACGGAGACCGCGGAGAGGCCAUCCUCUCUGGAAGUGGCCAGCAAGGAGACCGCGGUGGUGGAGCAAGUACAGGUUGAACCGUCGCAGGCUGGGAAGGAGUCGCCCCCUGUCAGCACCUUCGUGAAGUUCGCCUUCACCAUGGACAACCUCAUUGUCGAGUUGUUCCGAGGAGGUUCGCCCACGUCGUCGGACGCGGACGCGCACGCCGGCAAGGGCCUGGCCCGCAUCACGCUGCACGUGCUCUCGCUGAAGGGCUCCAUGCUGUCCGACGGGGCGCUCUCCACGUCCAUCCUCCUGGUCGACUGCCUGCUGGACGACACCCGCUUCGACCGGGACGCCGUCAUCAAGCGGCUGAUGGAGCGCAAGUCGGAGUCCCCGUCCCUCCGCGGCUCCCCGGGCAGGGCGGACGAUCACCCGGCGGUGCGCAGCAUGGUCGACAUAACCUUCAAGCAGAAGGGCAGCGACAUGUUCGUGGACAUGCGCGUGUUCGGAUUCACCCUGAUCCUGAACUUGGACUACAUGAUGAAGAUAGCCGACUUCUUCACGAGCGGCCUGGCCAAGCCGCCCCAGGCGGCUCCGGCGCAGCUGGAUCAGCGCGCCUCGGGCUCGAUCAAGGCCCGCCCCGCCUCAUCCACGCAGUCCCGUACGUCCGCGCAGUCCCGCGCCAGCCACACCAAGCAGGCGUCCGAGGUGCCGUCCAUGAUGACGGUCAACGUGCGUGUCGAGCGCCCGGACAUCAUCCUUGUCGAGACCAUGGACGACCUGAACACCAACGCCAUCAUCCUCAACACGGAGGUGAUGUUCAAGCUGCGCGUGUCGGGGGAGCACCAGGUGAUGAGUGGCAGCAUCCAGGACCUGCAGCUGUACUCGUGCUGCUUCAACCCCCAGCGCAGGAGAGACACCAUGGCCCAGAUCUUGCGGCCGUGCAGCAUCAGCCUGGCGGGGUCCACGCCCGAGGGGGAGGGACUGCACAUCGACAUACAGAUCACCAGCAUCAGGCUCGGGGUCUCCCCAGGCACCAUAGAGCUGCUCGCCAGAGUGCAAAGUGCGAUGGUGAAGUCGACUGAGGAAGAAGAAGAGAAAGUGGUAGAGGAAGUUGACUACCAAAACAUCUGGACCCAAAAGAAAUUCGAAGAUGCCAACUUCUGGUUUCUCAAAACAGAGAUGGGCGUGGAGGCGGUGGAGGCGGCCCCAGGAGCCCUGGAGGCAGCCGCCCCGCCGGCCAAGCAGGAGGUCUGCAUCGUGUCCGCCCCCAGCGUCGUGGUCACCAUGGAGGCGGGCGUCGGCACCAAGACCCUGCCCAUGAUCAUGCUGCAGCUCAGCUUCGAGGGCUCCAUCAACAACUGGAGCUCGCAGAUGAGCGUGGACAGCGGCAUGACGCUGCAGACGGCCUACUACAACAGCACGCUGGCCAUGUGGGAGCCCCUGGUGGAGCCCGUGGAGGAGAUGCAUGAUGGCUGCGUGGUGCACUCGCCCUGGGAGCUCCGGGCCGUGGUGCGCAUGAACAAACAGGAACCCGUCCUCUCGCCGAUGUCCCCAGUGAACGAGGAGGUUGAAGAGGUGGUACACAAGCCCCCAGCCAUGUCGAUCGAGAUAAGCUCCAAGGAGAACCUGGAAGUGACGCUGUCCAAGACGUGCCUGGAUGUGUUCUCGAACCUGAGCAACGCGUUCAAGACGGCGAUGACGGAGGGAGGCUUGGCGACGCGCAUCGAGCUGAUGGCGCCGUACGUGGUGGAGAACGACACGGGGCUGACGGUCACCUUGAAGCUCAAGGACAGUCCCUUCAAGCUGCAGCAGCGGGACGAGUCCGGGAAGGGGCAGGACCCGGAGCAGGUGAUCCUGCAGGACCGGGCGAAGGUGGGGCUGCGCAUGGCCGUGCCGGAGCAGGAAGCCACGGACAUAGCCCUGGGACACCAGGCGCAGGACAAGUUCCUCAGCAUACGGGUGGACGAGCGCAACGUGGACGUGGACCUGCCGGUGGUGCGGGCCGACAAGCGCUACUUCGACCUGCACCACCGGGGCGAGGGCAACGACCCCUGGGGGCUGGUGUCGGACGUGAAGGUGCAGGACGGAGGCACCAUCAUCACCCUGCGCAGCAUCAUACAGGUUCACAACCACCUGCAGGAGCCAGUGAACGUGUACUUCAUGAUGAAGCAAGGCAACGAGGUGAAGCUGGCCGGGAUCGUCGAGCCGGGCAAGGCCAUCAACCUGCCGUUCCGUGCCGUCUACACGCCCACCAACGAGCUGUUCUUCAACGUGAACGGGUACACGGUGUCUGUGGUUCCGUUCGUCUGGAAACAACUGCAGAACUCUCUCGUGUUGUCCAAGCUGUUGCAGUGCGACCCCCAGAACAGGGAAGACAAGGAGCCGUUCUUCAUGCGCGUGGUGGGGGAGAUGGAGCAGGUGUACUUCGAGAACUCCAAGCGGCACACCAUGGCCAGCACGUGCUACAACAUCCGCCUGCGGCCGGCCGUGGUGCUGAAGAACUGCCUGCCCGUGGAGCUGGUGUGCUGCGUUCAGGGCGUCGCCACGGAGCGGCACGUGGGCGCGGGCGGUAGCAUGCAGAUGCCGACGGCCGAGCCAGGCCGCACCACCGUCGUGCUGCGGAUCCCCGACUACUUGGACAAGCAGUGGGCGUGCAAGCGCGAGAUAGAGGAGAGCCCGGCCGAGUUCUCCGUGUGGACCUUCGACUCGUACGACAGCGCCCAGAAGAUGUCCCUGGACCUAGGCAUGAACGUGGUCUGCAAAAACGGCUCCAACGUCUUCACGCUCUACUGCCCGUUCUGGAUGCUGAACAAGACAGGCCUCAUGCUCUCGUACAGGAAGUCUCGUAGAGUGGAGAAAUUGGAGGCCUCUGGAAGCCCAGUGAAGCAAGGGGACGAGUCGGUGAACGUGCUGUUCCACCCGCCCGAGUACAAGGGCCCGGUGCUCUUCUCCUUCAAGGCCAAGUCGUUCUUCGGCAAGAAGAAGGCGGCCGUGCGCGUGGGCUGGGAGGAGUGGUCGGACAGGUUCUCCCUGGACGUGGCGGGCAGCUCCGGCGUCAUCACCUGCAAGUCCCCGGAGCUCGUGUACCAGAUAGGCGUGCAGAUCCAGCUGACGUACUCGACGCUCACCAAGCAGGUGAUAUUCACGCCCUACUUCGUGCUCAUCAACAAUGCGCGCGCCCCGGUCGAGUGCCAGGAAGCGGACCUGCCCGAGAGCCCGUGGACGCACGUGGGGCCCGGGGAGUGCUCCCCGUUCUGGCCGCGCAGCAGCAAGGGCAGCAAGGAGAUGCGAGUGCGUGUGUGCGGCACCCAGGAGGCGACGCCGCCCUUCAGCUACGAGACGGUGCACACGACCCUGCUCCGGCUCGACAACAAGUUCGGCGGGCUGAACGUAGACGUCCAGGUGACGGAGGGUGCUGUGUACGUGGCCUUCACUUCGUACGAGCCCGGCCUAGCCCCGGCACUGAUCAUCAACCACACAAACUGUCCCAUCACCUUCUGUGAGAAAGGAUUGGACAACAACAUAACACUCCAGCCAAAGCACAUGAUGAUGUUCACUUGGGCGAAACCCACAGGAUCACGGCAAAUCAUUUGGAAUGACGAGAAGAAGAAAGAAUUCACUGAUGAAUUGAGAAAGGAUGGAAUCGGUGAACUGAAAGUGGUUUGUGACGAAAGUGCGUUCUGGGUGUCGUUCCUGGACGGCUUGCAGCGGGUUCUGUUGUUCACGCCGGAGAUAGCCAUCGCCCACAACGCGCAGCUGGCCGGGGAGUUCGAGGCCACGGCUCAGGAGCUGACCGUGUGCGUGCACGGCAUGGGGCUGUCCGUGGUGAACAACCUGGUGCGCACCGAGCUGCUGUACAUCGGCAUCGCCAGCUCUGGUAUCAUAUGGGAAACUCGGAAGCUGAAUGGCAGGCGCUUCAGGCCAAUGGUGUCUAAGGAUGUCGACGUGAUCGAAGAAGCAUAUCAGCGGUACUUGUCGGAAAAACAAGUUGCUGGAGGGGCUUCAGUGUCCAACGUUACUCUUGAGAACAACAUGGAAGUGAACUUCGACACGAACGAGAUGCUGCGCCCCCACAAGCGGGUCCUGAGGCGCUCGUUCCAGGCGGGCGUGUGGUUCCAGAUGAAGACGUCGCCCCACACGCUGCAGCUGCACGCCAAGCUCAACCGCCUGCAGAUCGACAACCAGAUGUACGACUGCGUGUUCCCGGUGAUCCUCGCGCCCGUCCCCCCGCCCAAGAGCGUGGCCGCCGACAGUGUGCUGAAGCCGUUCGCGGAGAUGAGCGUCGUGCAGCGAGUGCAGCCGUACAGCACCAUCACGCAGUUCAAGUACUUCAAGGUGCUCAUCCAGGAGUUCCACAUCAAGGUGGACAUGGGCUUCAUCAACGCCGUCCUGGAGAUGUUCGCUGCCGACGAGGUGUCGGAGGAGGAGGAGGUGAAAAAUUUCCACACGGACAAGGAGUUGGCAGACAAACCACUUCUUGCCCAUGUGACCGUGCAUUCGUCCCAGGAGCAGAAAAAUUUCUAUGACUUGCUUCACUUCUCACCUCUCAAGAUCCACCUGAGCUUCUCGCUGAGCGGAGGCAGCACGUCCGGGCAGAAGAGCCAGGAGGCACCGCGCUUCCUCAGCGUCCUCACGCAGAGCCUGGGCGUCACCCUCACGGACAUCCACGACGUGGUGUUCAAGCUGGCGUUCUUCGAGCGACAGUACACGUUCCUGACGCAGCGCCAGCUGGUGUCGGAGGCCACCAUGCACUACGUGGGCCAGGGGGUCAAGCAGCUGUACGUGCUCGUCCUGGGGCUGGACGUGAUCGGCAACCCCUACGGCCUGGUGCUGGGGCUGACGCAGGGCGUCGAGGACCUGUUCUACGAGCCCUUCCAGGGAGCCAUAGAGGGUCCGGAGGAGUUCGCGGAGGGUCUGCUGAUUGGUGUGAGGAGCCUGUUUGGCCACACGCUGGGCGGAGCAGCCGGGGCUGUGUCUCGCAUCACAGGAGCCAUGGGGAAGGGCGUGGCGGCGCUGACGUUCGACAAGGACUACCAGCGCAAGAGACGCGAGGCGAUGCUGCAGCGACCGGCCAACGUCCAGAUGGGGCUGGCUCGCAGCGGCCGCGGCCUGGUCAUGGGGGUGGUGGACGGCGUGUCGGGGGUGUUUACCAAGCCCAUCGCCGGGGCCAAGGAGGAGGGGGUGGAGGGCUUCUUCAAGGGCGUCGGCAAGGGCGUGGUCGGGCUGGUGACGCGCCCCACGGCUGGAGUCAUCGACUUUGCCAGCGGCUCUCUGGAGGCAGUCAAGAGAGUUGCGGAGGUGAGUGAAGAAGUGAGCCGGCUGCGACCGCCCAGGUUUCUACAGCUGGACGGACUGGUUCGGCCGUAUUUCAGGCGAGAAGCUGAAGGAAACAAGUUAUUGCAGGAGCUGAACAAAGGUCGCUAUGCGUCCACGGAUGUCUACGUCUAUCACGUCAAAGUCAUGGACGGCGGGAAGGAAAUGCUCAUGUUGACUAACAAGCGAGUCAUGUACAUCAUCCAUAACGACAUAUUUGGAAACUGGCAGGUGGAGUGGGGGGUGACGUGGGACUCGAUGGAGACUCCGCCGCGCAUCGUGGACAGGGGCGUGUUCAUCCCGACCGGCGAGCCCAAGAAGAAGGUGCUGGGGCUCUUCGGCUCGUCGGACACUGGCAAAGUGGUCCUCAUCAAAGAUCCUGAAGUGCGGGUGGACUUGGUGGAGAAAAUGGAGCAGUUGAUCGGGAAGUGAGCAGGCUGCUUACGCCACAUGGACGUCAGCGGCUCGGAGAGAAUCUGGUCGAAUCAAGUGCAUGCGCACACAAGUGCAGAGACAGUUGGUUCACGUCCAAGUAAAUUGCAGGAUACUUCUAAAGAUCACUGAUGCUUACUCUUCACAUUUUUAUUUUAGUGCAUAUUGAUGCAUUUUAUUUUUGUUACUUUCUAUAAAUUUUGAAGAAAAAAAAACCUUUUUUUAAUUUAUAAGGCUGUACAAAGUAUAAGCAUCACAUUUAAUAAUUGCAGAAAUGAGGUGGAUCAAGUUUACCAUCAGCAGUGAAAUGUAUAAAAGGAAGUUGAUGUCUCGAAAUUCUGUACUUGUGUAGCUUGUUAUGAUUUUGUUUGCAUUUGAUAUACUGCAGUCUUAUUUGCUUUCCUGUCGUAAACAUGUCUUCAUGUAAGAGUAGUCUUAUCACAAAGAUAACUGUAUGAACCAAACUACAUGGCUUUCAGAAGGGAGCACAUUGUGUGUCUAAUUAGUCUUGUACUGGAUGUUGAACUAGUUUAAAUGUCAGUAAUAACAGCUUGCUUCUAAUGGGUCUUUUGCAGUUAUUUUUGUUUAGAAAAAUUACACAUGUUAGUCAAAGAUACUGGAGAUGAUUUGGUUACAAACCUGUUGUCAUGAGGGCUUUGAAAACAUUUUUUUGACUAAUUUGCUAUGAAUUUUUUGGGGAAAAAAUAUACUUUAAUACUGUAUUAUUGUACAUAAAAAUUUAUGUAUAUUUUUUUCUUGCACUGAACUAUUUUGAAAUUUGCUUUAACAAAAAUUAAGUAAAUAAAUACCCAGUGAUUAAUUUAAAAAUUUGUAUAAACACGAUAACUUCAUCCGUCAUUCAGUGUAAUCGUACGUCCCAACACACAGAAAAUAAUGCUCCAACACAAACAGCAAGAACAUUAUUUUUGUCGCUCCCAAUGUUACCGCAACUAUAACUGUGAGUUCUAUUUUUUUUUUUUUUCCCAGUUAAUUAUUUCUGUUUUGUUUUAAAAAAUAGUUGGGCUCAUAUUGUGUAAAAUUAUAACAUGGAUGUUAAAUAGGAUUUUUUUUUUACUAACUUCCUCCUGUUAGCCUACACUUUCGCUUGCCCAACAAUCUGCCAGCCAGUAUGUCGGAUAAGUGAGAGACACUACUGUAGUUUUGAUACUAUUCAUGUUUUAUUUGAACUGAGUUCUUGGAAUAUUCAUUUCUUCCCCUUCUGCCACUUUAAAAUAUUUUGUAAUCUUGUGUAAAGCUUCACUUAGUGCUGAGUCUUUCAGUUGUACCGGGUUUAAUUGGUUCAUAUACGAGACUGGCUAGAAGUUUACUUUGUGUUCCUUUUGUGUGCUGUUCCUGCAGUGAUUGUUAUUGACAAUUACAAUCAUUGCAAUUUCUCGAUCAGCGAUGACUGUUCAUGCUCUCUUACUUGUACAGCUAGCUUUGUACUUAGUUCUCCAUUGUGAAGUUGUUUCUUGUUAUUUAUAAGUGCUUGCUGUGAUGAGUGUUUGUUGAAAUGUGCUUCAUUACAAGGGCCUCAGAAUAAAAAUCAUAGCUAUGGGGGGGAAAAAAUUAUUGUACUUGUACAUUGUAAACUUUGCACAGGGCUUUUUAUUUUACAGUGUUUCAUACCUCUUGACUAACAAGUUAGUUAGGCAAGUUGUGCUGUACAAUUCUUCUUGGUUAACUUCCUCCCUGGAAACUGCUUAAAUAUUUCUGUAAUUUAUUUUAUAGCAGCAAUGGCUUCAAAGUUUUUUUUAUAUUGUUUUAUGUACAACUACCAUAUUCUCCCGAAAAUAAUACAAUCCCUAACUAUGUAAAUCUAGGUUACAAGAAAAAUUAUCUCACCAGUUCUUUUCCUAUUUUAGUAGGAAGUCACUGGACAGAAGAAAAGAACUCAUAUAUCUGUGAGUAUUAGAAUGCAUAACUAAUAUUUAAUGUUUAGUAAUGCUUCUAUUCAAUAUUAAAAAUAACAUCUAGUUUCUUUAAUAGUAGGCAAUUUUUUUCAACUAAACAAUUUAAACUUUUUUUUUUACAUAAGUAGUUUGCUCUCGUUUAUAAGACAACUCCUGAUUUAUUCGGUGGUCUUUCAAUGAAAAACUCUCAUGUUAUUUCCAGGUGAAUACUGUAUGUUUGUUCCAAGUGAAGGGGCUGUAAGGGUUUGAGUGUUUUGAGAUCACUCACUUCUUCCUCUGGUUCCUUCCCGUGCACACAAACAAAACAUGAUUUCCUUUCUGUGGCAGGUGAUGCACCAUGUUAGCAGGUUUUCUCUGGGUGCUCCCAUUUCAACCAGUGUGUUCCAUUGCUGCUCUGGCCAUUGUUUCUUGCCUCAUUCCUCGUCCAUUUCUAAUGACCUUUAUGCCGUAGAGGUAAAACCACCCCAAAUCAUGCUUUCUUUUCAUUUUAAGCUAAUUAAAUGUCUAUGCUGAAUAUACCAUUUUCUGGUAACGUUAAUGUGUUUUCAUUUUCAAGGAUAUAUACAAGUGGCCCAAUAAUUCUUGUAUGUGUGUAGGUAAUGGUAUGAGUGUGACUGUCCAUGCUUACUGGGUGUAAUUAGUCUUUAUGACCUAUAUUGUUAUAUUUAAACUGUUUGGUAUUAUCUUGUGUGUCUGUGUUGAGUACUUCCAUUUGUGUACGUGGCCAUUACGUACAUGCAAUGUUAACUUCAACACGUGAUUUUGCUUGAUUGUUAUUUUGAUGUGUAUUUUUAUAGGCAGACUACUUGAAAUUGUUGCACCAAGUGAAAAUUAAAUUGAAGUAAGGUAUUCAUUUGUGACGUCUUCAAACAAUAUGAAUAAUUUCAUCAAGUCAGUGUUUUGACACUGGGGCUUUUGGUAGUUAAAUAUUGUGUAUAUUGCAGUGUGGCUCACAUUAUGAAAAUAGACUCUUGUUUGCCAAAUACCACUCACUCGCAGACCAUUUAGCACGUAUCAGUACCACUGCAGUUAGUGAAACAUUUCUCACAUAGUUGCCUUACAUCUCAUGCGAGCUAUGCACUGCUUUGCUAGUUGACCAUGUUCAUUGUGAGGUUUGAUUUUUUUCACGCUGUUCCUAAAAGUGUAGGAUCUUGAGAAUAGUGCAUUGUGUAGGUGGUAUUUGGUUGAGCAGGUAGUGUAAUCUUAAAUUUAUUUUUCAUACAAAGGUGAUUAAUAUUUACUGUUAAGCUCUAGUUAUAGUGUAUAUUGUGCUGUUAAACUAAGCCUGUUGAAUGAAUUGUUGGAUAUAUAUUUUGUUGCUCGUGGUUGCAAGUGUCUAUAUUGGGUAUCACUCAGUCUCAUUACUAAGGACAAGAUUUCAUGGUGAAUUGUUGUAACUUAAUCAAAACUACACCUAAAUGAACUUAAUCAAAACUACACCUAAAUGUAUGGCAUGAUAAAACAUGUUAGUUUGAAAGAAGUUCUCAAGGAUUAAAGAAAUAAAUUUUUAAAAACUUAUAUAACACAAUAAACUUAAUUAAAAAUCAUUACUUUAGUAUGCUAGUUUUAAUUACUCCAAGAAAUAUGCCUGAAACAUGAAUAUUAGCUACUAAUUCAUUUAAUAAAUACACGAGUAUCAUUGUUAAAAUUACUCGACCAUUACAUAGCAAGAUGUAUUUAGAAAUAAAAAAUUGUGUUCUUAAAUUCAAACAAUAAGCUAAUAGCGAUACAAAUAUCAGUGCCCACAAAUUUUAAGAAAGUUAAUGAGCAAAAAAUUGAACCAUAAAACCUUGUCUCUUUUCAUUAUUGCCUUCCAGAGCUGAGUGCAGUGUUGUUUGCAAAAAUGCUUCCAAAGAUACCAUAUUUACAGUAUACUACUAUUCCUUAACAAUAAUCAGAGAACUUUUUCGAAUUUAAAACAAAACUUACUUGCUAAGGUUAAACUCUUGCUGAUUUUUUUUUUUUUUUUUGGAUCAUGAACACGAGAAAAAUACAUUAAUGAAUUUUAAUUUACUCAGUUAACCCUCAAAUACAUGUGGAGUUAUAAAUGUAUAUAAAGUAGCAAAUAUUACAUAGCAUUUUAAUUAGCAGUUCAAUUUAAUGAUGGCCAGAUGUCUCAUAAGCAUAACCAUUAUCAGUUAUAUCAGUACUUUUUCCAACGUUUGUCCAUCAGUAAAGAAAAACAGACAUUAUAGGUUGACAAAUUUUUUAACUGCUUGGAAGAUUACAAGUGAAAGUGUUAGUGGUGCGUAAGCAAUGUACCUAGUACUUUCACUGUGUGAUCCUUCCCUGUCUGCUUCCGGUCCUACUUUAUUGCAGUGGCAGUGUGUCCACUCAUGUUCAGGCACUACAAACAAAAGCAGUUGUCCACGGGACAUAACUAACACUCACGCUAUCGGCAAAAAUAUUUGCAUUUUACAGGAAGAUAACCAGUCGAAAAUAUAUUAGCACGACAAUGAGACUUAAAACGUGCCUCUGAAACAACACACAGCGUGGUUUUGAAAAUACCCUUUUUGUUAUGAAGUUAUUAAGGUGCAUGUGUAAAAGGUUUUGUUUAUUGCAUUGUGAAUUUUAUUCGUUCUAAUAAGUUCUGAUCAUCCAAGUAUUCUCAACAUACUUAACACAGUGUUCCCAUUAAUUAUUACUUAGCUUUAUCUCUUUCAUUCAUUCAGUUUUUCAUGUGAACAAAUACUGUGUGGUGAAAAAUGAUAAUCAGUACUAAUGGUAAACUCUUGUCUGUAGUCGCUAUUUACCAGGCAUAUGUGCAGUUGCGUAAAUUUUUGAGUUUGAUAGCUUUCAAUGAAAAUAUUAAAAUGUUGAAAAUAGACUUCAGUAUACCUAUCUAAAAGAAAUUUCCUAGCACUAAUUUUUUCAAGAUCAUUAAAAAUAUUGGAUUUCGCUGGUAUCGGAUGGGUAAAAUAUAAAUUAACGGUACCUGUCUCUGAAUUAGGUUCUUUCAGCAUUUAAAAUUAAAAAUAUAUAUACUAUGAAAUUUCACAAGACUAAUAAAACAAGUAAAGGUUUAAUACAUAAGCCUGGCCAGAGAGAUAUUUCAAUUAAUUUUAAUAAUUUUUAUUUGUUUGAUAUUUUAGCCUAUGUUAACUGGAGGUGGUCUUACAGUCAAGGUUGCCCUACAUUGAAGAGAAUCUAAUUUCUUAGAGCAUCCUCACUCAAAGGCUUCUUGUAUUCAGUCAUUACAUACAAUUGGAUCAAUAUGACAUUUCAUAAAAGGAAAGUGAUAUUAAGACUAUUUCUCAAAAACUUGCUGUGCUUUCUUUCGGAUAAUAAUUAUGAUUUAUAUAUUUUUAAAAUAAAAAUCAUCCAUGGAAUUUACUAAAACAUUACAGAAAUCCCAAAUGGAUUUCAUUAAAUUCAGUGCCUUCAAACAGUUGUUUACUUGCUCAAACCCCUAAGGAUGUGUUAAUAAUAUGUCACUUGUUAUGGUGGGAAGAAGUUUUUACGAAAGACGCCCAUGUCCCAUUUUGCUUUAAUUUAAAUAGUAACUAUUUGAAUUGUUUCUGAGGCCAGGUCUUGAUGCAUAAUGUCUCUAACCUUUUAAAAUGUAUGCAUUGAUGCUGCCAAAACCUCUGGCUAGUUAAUCAUAAAACGUUAAAAUAUUCGUCAGAUAACUGUCAUUGGCCAAAGUUGGGUCUCUAAACAAUCAAAUCAAUAAACUGAUAAUUUAAAUAAAAUGCUAUGUAACACUAUAACACAAGUUACACCACAAAGAACCAUGUUCAAAUGCACUAUUUUGUAGUUAGGUUUUUAUAUCAAAGUCAAUAUUUGAUAAUAUAUUUUAUUUUUGCACCUCAUAGUGUAUGAUUUGACAAAGUGAUUAGACAUUGCUUAUUAGUAAAGGACCAUUCUAAUGCUUUCACAAGAGAAUUUUUUAUAUUGCAACAAAAAAAAAUUGCUGGUGUUUAUCCACAGUUACAAAAUUAUUUCUUUGUAAUAACAGUUAUGUUACCAAAAAAAUAUGUUGAAAAUGUACUUUUGUUGCAGUAAAAUAAAUUUUUUCAAAAAACAGAUUA